AUGUCUCGUUCCCCAGGGAAACGAGCAGUAUCUGCACGUGGUAUCUUUGGCCGAAAGCCUGCCCAGAAAAAUGCGACAGCCCCGAAAGCUGUCAGCCAUCACGACAUGAAAAAGGGGCAGCCUUCCCCUCCUCCAAUAGCAAGAGUCUCCAAGGGGUUCAAGGGGUCGAAGCAGGCCAAGUCAACCUAUAUCUCGCGUCAUAGCCAGAGAGGACCAGGGUCUUCAAAGGGAGGAAGUAGUAAUAGUACUUCUAUGCCUGGCGGAGAGCGUCUCCUACAUAACUUCGUUGACUCAAUCGAUAGCACUCGCGCCCAAAUCCAAGAGGAGGUUUCCGUUUCCCUUGCGGAAGCACAGCAGGUAUUGGAGAAACGACUUUCCCAAACGGUUUCCAAGUAUAGCGAGAAACUCAGUAUUUCCCGGAAUACUCGCGGAGACAUUUUCUUGCCCGUGGAGAUAGAACACCCAAUCAUAUCACUAAAGCCGAAACCUUCUCUGGUUCAAGGCGCAGACAAAGACAAAGCUCAUCUCGUCGACGUCCGAGACAGCCUCGACGCUCACGAGCAAGCUCUGAAAAGCCAUUGGAAAGCCUGGAGCAGAACCCAGCAGAAGAUCGCCUGUCUAGCCGUGGAGAUACUCGGGCCUGACGCCGUUACCCUUCCACCGCUAGCGAAAGAUGCCAUGGGUUCAGGGACGUUCAAGAAGCGACUCGCCCGGGCGACUGAUGCGUUCGAGAAAAAUAUGGCGGCUGUGGAACGGAAGAUGUUAGAGGAUGCGCAGAAGACAAGAGAUGAUAUCGCAUGCCUUUUGAGGGAUAUGAGGAAACAAGUUAACAUCCAGGAGAAGAAAUCCCGCGACGGUAAACGUAAACAGCGGGAAGAGAUAUGCCAGUUGACCAAGAAGAUCAUUACGAGCAUCUGA